AAAAAAUAGUGGAGGAGAAAGUGAUGAGAGGUUUUUUUUUCUCCUCAUUGCUGUGGUGAAAAAAACAUUUGAUGAGAGAAAUUGUAUGGGAGGAGUGAGAAAGUGGGUAGAGAGAGAUUGAGAGGUUUUUUUUUUUCGUCACUGCUGAAAAUGGUCUUAGAGUACCAUUUUUCAUCCCUCAACCCACAAAGUAGAGAAUAUAGUUAAAGUGUUAAACCCUUAGCACAGUUCCACUCUCACCUUUCUGACUACACUCCUUCAUUUCUUCUUCAACUAUUAGCAAAACACAGUCAACAUUUCUCCUCUUCAAUGGUUCAAAUACAAGAACAAGAAGAAGAUGCAAUUCAACAACAAACAACAAAACCAUCAUCACACUUAAACCCAAAAAAUCAAAUGGAAUCUUCAUCUUCCACUUCUCUCUCCUCCCACCAGCUCCCCACCACUUCUCCACUCGCUCAUUCACCCACCUCUUCUAUUUCUUCCAUUGACUCUGACCACACUUGCCACGCUCUCUCACCCACCAAAGAAACCUUCACUUCCCCCUCUCCGUCUCUAAACCCCAUCCCGGUUCAGUCACUAGUUCCGGUUCAAGGGACCAGCCGGUUAACCCGUGACCCACCUGAGAGGAUAACCAAGACUGAACCCGAAGACGGGACCGGGUUGGCUAGUGAAAAGAUUAGCACAGCUAACAGGCAACAACUGCCGGCGUUAAAGAGGGCUAAGAAUGGGAAGAUGGUUAAAAGAGCGGGUUUGGUGUUGCGGUUAAUCGAAUUUGUUUUAUGUUUGAUUUCGUUCUCUGUCAUGGCUGCUGAUAAGAAUCGCGGUUGGGCUCUUGACUCUUUUGAUCGUUACAUCGAAUUCAGGUACGCGAUGUCAGUAAAUGUUAUCGGCUUUGCGUACUCUGGUCUUCAAGGACUUGAUCUGCUUCUCCAAUUGACUACAAGAAAGGAUUCUAGGAGCCAAGUUCGGUAUGCUUUCGAUUUUGCUAGUGAUCAGGUGUUGGCAUAUCUUCUACUAUCAGCCUCAUCUUCGGCUUUUACAAGAGUGGAUGACUGGAUUUCCAACUGGGGUAAUGACAAUUUCCCCGCUAUGGCAACUGCAUCAAUUGGAGUAUCUUUCGUUGCCUUUGCCUUUACCUCUAUCAUCUCUGGCUAUUUACUUUGUACUCAAAAGUUAACUUAAAACAUGCCAUUUACAAAUAUACUUGUAUUAUGCAUUGUGGAUUGACGCAUUGAUCUACGUCUUUUUCUUUUUUAUGUACAUGCUAGUUACUUGUAUGUACUUUAAGAUCGAUGUAAUGUUUUGUUACUUUUUUCAAGCAUUGUGUUGUACGAAGUAGUAUUAUCUAUUUAGGAAUUAGGAUGUUAUGUUCUCAAAUUCUUUUCCAUGGAUACCUAAGCAGCUAAGCUAGUAAAAUAUUACUCCAAA